GUUGUCUGAGUUGUAUCAUAGUGGAAAGUACGUUAGUACUUUUGCAAAGUACAAAACGAUGUAUAAACACAACGUUUUCCAACGAAACUUUUGUAAGUUUUUACUGAUGCUCUUGUUCCUUGAAUAUUAUGGGAAAUUAAAAAUAUACAUAAAAUAUAAAGGAAUACAUCAUAUAUUUAUGUAGCAGUUCUGUGAUUUUACUUAAGUUGCAUCUUCACCUUAACCUUUAUAGACAGAAUACAAGAUGGCAAAGUUUGGCUUCCUUUCAUUUGUUUUGCUCUGUUGGAUUUCAUCUUGUCAAGGAGUAAUUCUAUCACCUCCUCCUGCCAAUAGUUUUACAUUUUUACCUGGAGAAACAGAAAAUAUAACGUGGACAUUUGAUGAUGAUUUAAACGAUUUGGCCAGUAGAAAUUGGCUUUUUACGGGUAGUAGUACUGGUUCACAAUCAACACUGUUGGCCACUGUCACUCUGGAUUUGUCAGUGAUAAAUCUUAAUGAUCCAAUUCUUCCAAAUUAUGACGUCUACAAACCUUCAACGCUGCGAUUAAGAAAUAUCACUCAUAGUUAUGAUGGAACCUAUGAGUUUCAAUUAACAAGAAGGGGCAGUGCGUCAUCUUCUUUUAUAUCUAAAGUCAGAGUUUUCGUUGCAAUAAAACCAAAUGUUGCAAUUAGUUGUUCAACUCCUCUGGUUGUGAAUGAAGGUGAUAAUGUAUCAUGUGUAUGUAGAGGUGAAGGAGGUAACCCUCCUGCUAAAGUCACAUGGUUUGAUAAAGAUAACAAUAUAAUUGGUGAUGUUGGAGUUGUAAAUAAGACAUUAGUAAUCACUAAUGUUACAGUGAAUAAUGGUGGAAAUUACACAUGUAAAGCACAAAGUUAUAAUGAUCCACGUUUUAGAGAUGAAAAAUCUAUUGAAGUAAAAGUGAAAGCUACUUAUCCACCACAACAAACCAAUAUCACCAUCAGUCCAAUGUCAGUAAAACAAGGUCAAACUGUGACAAUAACCUGUGAAUCAGAUGGUUAUCCUGAACCGACCUACACUAUUUAUCAUAAUGGUGCAGUUAUCAGUAAUAAUAAGACAUACAUCAUUCAAUCUGUCAACUUCAAUCACGCUGGUUCAUAUCGUUGUGAAGCAAAGAACAAACUGGGAAAUGAUUUAUCUGAUGUUAAAAAUCUUACCAUCAUCAAAGGUAAAAUUAAAAUUUUACUUUCAUCAAUUUUUGAGAUAGUUUCCUACAUUGUACGUAAAUCAGAAUUAUUUACGACUUGUCAAUGUUCAUCUUCAAUUGAUUUUCAUUUGUACACGAUAGUACAAGAUUGCAAAAAAGUAAAUGAAGGUGAUAAUGUGUCAUGUGUAUGUAGAGGUGAAGGAGGUAAUCCACCUGCCAAUGUCACAUGGUUUGAUAAAGAUAACGCAAGAGUUCGUGUGUUUGGAGUUGAAAGUGCGACUUUAGUAAUCCCUAAUGUUGCAGUGCAUGAUAAUGGAAGUUACACAUGUAAAGCACAAAGUUAUGAUGAUCCAGGUUUCAGAGAUCAAAAAUCCAUUGAAAUACAAGUAAAAUUUAAACCAACAGUGUCGAUUAACUGUUCAUCUCCUCUGUUUGUGAAUGAAAGUGAUAAUGUGUCAUGUGUAUGUAGAGGUGAAGGAGGUCACCCUCCUGCUAAUGUCACAUGGUUUGAUAAAGAUAACACAACAGUUCGUGUGUUUGGAGUUGAAAGUGCGACUUUAGUAAUCCCUGAUGUUAAUGUAAAUGAUAAUGGAAGUUACAGAUGUAAAGCACAAAGUUAUGAUGAUCCAGGUUUCAGAGAUCAAAAAUCCAUUGAAAUACAAGUAAAAUUUAAACCAACAGUGUCGAUUAAUUGUUCAUCUCCUCUGUUUGUGAAUGAAAGUGAUAGUGUGUCAUGUGUAUGUAGAGGUGAAGGAGGUAUUCCUCCUGCUAAUGUCACAUGGUUUGUUAAAGAUAGCACAACAGUUCGUGGAUUUGGAGUUGAAAGUGCGACUUUAGUAAUCCCUGGUGCCUCACCAAAUGAUCGUGCAAGUUACAGAUGUAAAGCUGAAAGUUUUAAUGAUCCACGUUUCAUUGACGAAAAAUCCAUUGAAAUAAUAGUGAAUUAUAAACCAAGAACUACGACCAUAACCCUAUCAAAAAUAAAUCCAAAAAUUGGUGAAAGUGUGAUUAUAACCUGUGAAUCAGAUGGUUAUCCUGAACCAACCUACACUAUUUAUCAUAAUGGUGCAGUUAUCAGCAAUAAUAAGACAUACAUCAUUCAAUCUGUCAACUUCAAUCACGCUGGUUCAUAUCGUUGUGAAGCAAAGAAUAAACUGGGAAAUGAUUUAUCUGAUGUUAAAAAUCUUACUAUCAUCAAAGUGAAACCAAAUGUGAUAAUUAAUUGUUCAACACCUCUGGUUGUGAAUGAAGGUGAUAAUGUAUCAUGUGUAUGUAGAGGUGAAGGAGGUAACCCUCCUGCUAAUGUCAUAUGGUUUGAUAAAGAUAACAACAUAAUUGGUGAUGUUGGAGUUGAAAGUAAGACAUUAGUAAUCACUAAUGUUACAUUGAAUGAUGGUGGAAAUUACACAUGUAAAGCACAAAGUUAUGAUGAUACAGAUUAUAAAGAUGAGAAAUCCAUUGAAAUAACAGUGACACCUACAUAUCCACCACAACAAACCAAUAUUACCAUCAGUCCAAUGUCAGUAAAAAAAGGUCAAAAUGUGACAAUAACUUGUGAAUCAGAUGGUUAUCCUGAACCAACCUACACUAUUUAUCACAAUGGUGCAGUUAUCAGUAAUAAAAAGACAUACAUCAUUCAAUCUGUCAACUUCAAUAACGCUGGUUCAUAUCGUUGUGAAGCAACAAAUAAACUGGGAAAUGAUUUAUCUGAUGUUAAAAAUCUCACUGUUGUCAACGAAGUUAGCCAAAAUACUUCUACAAGCAAAGAUAAUGGCAACAAUAAUUCUACAGUUAAAGAUGAUGAUGAUGAUGGACCAAAUAUUGCUCUGAUUGUUGGCAUUGCUGUUGGAGCGGUUUUCCUUGUCGCCAUUAUAGUUGUUGUCAUUUUCUGCUGUCGUAUUACUAAUUAUUAA